AGAAGAUUACAUGUCUCCAACAUUCCAUUCAGAUACAACGAGACUGAUCUCAUCAAUUUGUUGCAACAAUUUGGUCCCAUAUUGGAAGCAGAGAUCAUCUCAAAUGACAGAGGCUCCAAGGGAUUUGGAUUUGCAACGUUUGCCAAUGCGAAAGAUGCUGAGAUGGCCAGGUUGAAGUUGAAUGGAGUCUUUGUUGAAGGCAGAAGGAUUGAGGUU